AUGGGCCCGCACCCUCAGAGCAAGGCUCACGCCGAGGGACACUAUACCUACACUCUCGUGUAUCGCGGCGGACCCGACCCCGGCCAAAUCUAUGUCGACACCGGGGACUACGGCCUCCGACGGUUCCUAUUCGAGACCCCUCUUCCUACCGAGCCCAGCAACAUCAGCAGCAGCGCCGCCUCCAAUGACCACACUCGGCGACCAAAGGGGCUUCCAACCCCAUCAUCCCCACCUUGCUUCCCCCUUUACAAUGACGAAGCCCCCUGCUACUUCAUAUUUUACUCGUCUGCCAACAUGUACGGCGUGGCAGAGGUGACGUUCUGCCGAACAGAGCGGGGCACCAUCAGCGGCAUCGUCCUGCGCUAUCACGACGGGCGGCAAGAGAGCCUCGGGCAGGUCCGCCCAGACAAGCUGGCGUCGAGCGGGGCGACGUUACGAGUCGAGGAUCCCGUUCGGACCCCUCACCUGUGGUUCCGGCUUGACUGGUUGGGGGGUGAAAGACCCUUUACAAUCGCAGCGGUCACGCUUGAUCCGCCCUCGUCAGCUGACUGGCCUGAUCCAACGAGCAGGUAUGAAAAUCAGUGGUAUUAUGUUCCUUGGAAUGGGACGUUGGAGUGGUAG